GAAGCCCGAGGUUGCUUUCUCUACACAUAGUUGGAACUGCUAUCGAAGGCACUAAGCUAAGUGUUGAAAAAAAAUAUUGGGGUGGUGAUGAGGGAGACUCAGUUUUCCGCUGGUUCCGAAUUAGUUCAGAUGGCAUCCAAAUUGAAGUUAAUGGUGCCAUUAAUUCAUCAUACAUGCUCUCUGUUGAUGAUAUUGGGCUUUUUAUAUCGGUUUCAUGUGAGCCUGUCAGAAUUGAUUGGGCCCGCGGUCCCAUUGUCCUUUCUGAACAAAUUGGACCAAUUGUAGCUGGGCCACCGACUUGCCAGUCGCUUGAAUUUCUUGGAUCAUUUAUUGAAGGAGAGCGUUUGAGCUUUGUUGCAUCUUACAGUGGAGGUGAAAAGGGGGACUGUUUGUAUGAAUGGUUUAGGGUGAAGGAUAGUGGUGUUAGGGAGAAACUGAAUGCUGGUGGGUUUUUAGAUUUAACUUUAGAGGAUGUGGGAGGUGCUGUGGAAGUUGUUUACACACCUGUGCGAAAAGAUGGAUUGAAAGGGACUUCGAGGAGUGUAAUAUCCAGUCCCGUUGCUCCUGCGGGCCCUAUGGGUGUGGGGCUGCAAAUUCCUGAUUGCUGUGAGGACAAGGAAGUUGUCCCUCAAAAGACAUACUUCGGAGGACAAGAAGGUGUUGGACAAUAUAUUUGGUACAGGACGAAAAUUAAGCUCCAUGAAUCUGCUCUGAUGGACAUAUCGAAUUCUGCUGAGGAUGUUUUUAUAUGUAGCAACACUUUAACAUACACCCCUUCACUUGAAGACGUGGGGUCCUAUUUGGCUUUAUAUUGGCUGCCAACUCGUUCAGAUGGCAAUUGUGGAAAGCCAUUGGUAUCAAUUUGCGACGCUCCAGUCACACCAGCUCUUCCAGUAGUUUCUAAUGUUCGUGUGAAGCAAGUGUCCUCAUCUGCUUAUUCUGGGGAAGGACAAUAUUUUGGUGGACAUGAAGGAUCAAGCUUGUUUAGCUGGUAUAGAGAAACGGACGAGGGAACAAUCAUUCUCAUCAAUGGAGCCAGUGCUAAAACUUACAUAGUUACAGAUACAGAUUAUAAUUGUCGUUUGUUGUUUGGAUAUACACCAGUUCGUGCCGACUCACUUGUUGGAGAACUUAGAUUAUCUGAGCACACAGAUGUGAUUCUCCCAGAGAUACCAAGAAUUGAGAUGCUAGCUCUUACUGGGAAGGCAGUUGAAGGAGCGGUAAUUACUGCUGUUGAAGUUCUUCCAAACAGUGAAAGUCAACAGCAUGUUUGGGGAAAGUACAAGAAAGAUGUCAGAUAUCAGUGGUUUUGUUCGUUUGAAACAGGAAAUAACGAGUCUUUUGAGCCAUUACCAUCCCAGCGUUCUUGCUCGUAUAAGAUACGGUUUGAGGACAUUGGUCACUGUCUUAGGUGUGAAUGCAUCAUGACUGAUGUGUUUGGAAGGUCCAGUGAGCCAGCAUAUGUUGAAACCGCCUCUGUCUUGCCAGGGCUCCCUAGAAUAGAUAAGCUAGAGAUUGAGGGUAGAGGUUUCCACACCAACUUAUAUGCUGUUCGUGGCAAUUAUAGUGGAGGAAAGGAGGGCAAAAGUAGAAUCCAGUGGCUUAGGUCAAUGGUUGGAAGUCCUGACCUCAUCUCUAUUGGUGGGGAGACUGGAAGGAUGUAUGAAGCGAAUGUUGAUGACGUUGGCUACAGGCUUGUUGCAAUUUACACUCCUGUAAGAGAGGACGGAGUUGAGGGGCAACCUGUUUCUGCAUCAACGGAUCCAAUUACAGUUGGUAAAAAGUUAUCAACUUUAUGUGCUUGUUUUCCGCUUUGA